UUGACCAACAUUUCAUCGAACGACACUUCACACUAUGGCGUUAUCCAACUUCACCUCCGCGCUCAAUGCGACCAUGCGAGCAGUCGUGUGGCAAGGCAAUGCUUACAAUGUGAGCGUUCUGGAUGUCCCUCGUCCAACGAUCGUCAACCAGACCGACGCCAUCGUCCGACUCAGGCGGGCUGGAAUUUGCGGCUCAGACUUGCACAUCUAUCGCGGCACCCAGCCUGGACCUGAAGCAGCUUACGUCCUUGGACACGAAGGUGUCGGCUACAUCUCGGAAGUGGGAGAUGCUGUGGGCUCGUUGAGCGUGGGCGACCCGGUAGUCAUUCCGUUUGAGCUUGCUGAAGGACAUUUGCGUACCGAGUUGACGACGCCCUUCUAUGGCUCUUAUGGCAAUGGUCCAGAGCUUGGAGGCACUCAAGCUGAAUAUAUCCGCAUUCCCAAUGCGGACGCGGGUCUCAUCCCAGUCCCAUCAUUCGAACGUACCGAUUCACGAACGAAUGAGACGGUCUCCCUCUUGAAUGACUACACCAUGCUUUCCGACAUCUUCCCCACAGGUUGGGCAGCUCUCGACUACGCCGGCUUUCAAACAGGCGACACCGUAGCCAUCUUCGGCGCCGGACCCGUUGGGCUCCAGGCUGCAUACUCCGCCGUCCUUCGCGGUGCCUCGCAAAUUUACAUCGUUGACUACAUCGAAGAACGCCUCCAAAUUGCCGAAUCCAUUGGUGCAAUCCCGAUCAACUUUCUCGACUCGGACCCUGUCGAACAGAUUCUCGCCCGUGAACCCAAUGGCGUGACGCGGAGCAUCGACGCCGUCGGCUUCGAACAAGUCAAUCGCAACCUCACUGUCCAAGCAGAUAUCAUCGCGCAGAAUCAGUUGCGCGUUACAUCCAUCGGCGGAGGCCUUGGAACUGUUGGAGUCUACAACAGCGCCGCCAAUAGCUCUGAAUACGCGCCAAGAGCGGAGAGCAUUCAAGAAAAUGUGCAGUUGUCGUUGGCGGACUUCUUUACCAAUGAGCUGAAAUGGCAAGCGGGUCCUUCGGAUCCGAUUGCGUUGGCGCCAGCUUUGAGACAGUUGAUUUUGAGCGGCAGGGCGAGCCCUGGCUUGAUUGUGAGCGAUGUUAUUUCGAUUGAGGAGGCUCCUGAGGUAUAUCGGAGGUUUGAGAGGCAUGAGUUGGUGAAGGCUGUGAUCGAUUUUCCAGACGCAGAGUAGCUGGAACGUCCCGGGUGGCUUUGAAAUCAAGAAAGCGGGCAAGAAGGUCAAUAGAUGCUUUGUACAAAAUAUCAG